AGAAUACAAAGUAUCUGCAGCGAAAACUUUCCAGAUGAUUCCACUACCUUCAACUCUUAAAACCCAGAAAACUCUAAAUCCCAUCUUCAUAUCCAAAAAAUAACCAAGAACAGAAGAGUUUUGGGAAUCUCUGCCUCUUCAUCCGCCAUGGAAGCAGAACCUGGUCCGCAGCAAGCAGAGACACCCUCUGUUCUCGAAGGUGUUUUCAGGAACAGAGACCUCUUUCUCUUCAUGCCCUUCGUCUUAGGAUUCUCCGAGCGACAGACCCACCAGAUCCCCAACCCAGAAUCGCCGGAAAGCAACGGCGGCGGUGAUCCUCCGUCGCCUGAGAGAGUGAUCCUGGUCAACCCCUUCACGCAAGGGAUGGUCGUUCUCGAGGGAUCGCGGGGCUUGGAUCCCCUGCUUCGCACCCUACUCGGAAACCGGAAAGAUGGUCGUCCUCCGGCGUCCAAGGCCUCCGUCGACGCGAUGCCGACCGUCGAGAUGGAAUCCGGCGGUGGAGAGUGCGUGAUCUGUCUGGAUGAAUUGACUGCGGGCGAGACGGCGAAGGAGAUGCCGUGUAAGCAUAGGUUUCACGGCGAGUGCAUAGAAAAGUGGUUGGGGCUUCAUGGGUCGUGCCCUGUUUGCAGGUAUGAGAUGCCUGUUGACGAAGAAGAUCUCUCGAAGAAGAGAGACGAUGGAAAUGGGCGUCGGAGAGAGAUUUGGGUUAGGUUUAGCUUCAACGACGGCGGUCGGAGAAGCCGAGAUUCCGACCGUGACGGCGGGGGUGACAGCGGUGAUCACAGUGAUUCCGGAGACAGAACUGUCCUGGGAUCAGAUAAUUAGUUGGGUUUUUUUUGUACAAAACCUCUGCAACCUGGGAUCAGAUAAUUAGUUGGGUUUUUUUUUGUACAAAACCUCUGCAAAUUCUUUGUCUUUGUAGUUCUUUGUAAAGGCCGAUCAUUUACACUUUUGUGGUAUGUGUGUUUCUUGGGGUGUUAUUACAUGAAUCUUGGUGUUUUUUCCUUCC